AUGCUCCGUCAUGGAUCUGUUUACUUGAACGCACUCUCCAUCUUCUACCUAUAUCUAUCAGCUUCGGUCAAUGUCGCCGUCGCCGAUGAGACGACGGGGCUCAACGGGGCUUCCCCACGCAGGGGCUACUCGAAAGGGGAGCUGAUGCCCGUCAGCUGCUUGAAUAGGACCAUUGACACUGGAGAGCACAUAACCGACGACCAUGGUAAUCUACAAUAUAUACCGUUUCCGACGUGCAAUGAGACGGGCCAGCCGCUAUCGUUCAAGUACAACGAGCCGCAAACGCAGAUCUGCACGAUCGAUGCCCUGCCCGACGAACUCUACCACCUCCUCGAAUUCUUCGUCCACAGCGAUGUGCCCCUGACUUGUCGAGUCCCUUCCUUUCCAUUGACGCAGGAAGAGCUUGGAAUCACAUCUUCCCUCCCCGACGCGAGCGGGCUGGGCGCCGCGGGAAAGGGCCUCUGGACACCCUUUACAAUUGCGCUGCAGGGAGUUCUUCAACUCAGCCAUCUGCAUCUGCACACAAACAUCAAUGCUCUCUUCCACAUGUCCCAGGACCCGGACUCGCCACGAGCCUCCUCGCACCAGUCGUACCUGAUUGCCUCGACUGCCUAUUCUCUCCCAAACACCUCGUCCUCCGCGCCCAGCGAGGGCGCCAAAAUCGUUCGCAAUGAGCCAUUGGUCCUUACGUUCAAUGUUGGGUGGAUCGACGGAGCAGUCUUACCUGGCAUGGUUGGCCGGCCUGUCCUCAAGGUGACGGAUCACAGCAUAGGUUUUUCGUUGCUGAGCUUCUUCGCUGUGGCUGCGAGUGCUGGCGUGGGAGCUAUGGCGAUGCUCGUCUACGAGAGGAGGAAAAGCGGGCGAAGUGGGAUAUAUUCCAACGGCAUCCUCGGCGGCAACGUCGGAAAUGGCAUGGCGAGGAGCUCCGGCUACGGUGGCUAUGGUGGCUACACCAGCAAUAUCGGCAAAAGGGAUUGA